AAAUCUGUUUCUCUCUCUCUCUCUCUCUCUCUCUCUCUCUCUCUCUCUCUCUAGUUCUUCUGUUCUUUGCUGCUACGCGUUCAGAUCUAGCAGAACAAGUGAAAAACUAUACUCGAGCAUUUCUUGAAUGUCAAGGGACCUUGAAAUAUGUCUGCAAGAUCCUGGAAAACAAGAAUGAAAAUGCGCGCAAGAGAAACGAGAACGUUUAGGACAGUAACUAUUUAAUUACGUUCAUUUAGUUUUUUUUUUUUUUUACAGCUCUACGUUAUUUAUUUAGUUAUUUUUCUAAUAUGAGUUUCCUUUAAUUCAUUUCGCUGUCAGAAGGUCGACAACUGAAAUAUAUAUAUGAUUGUUCUGUUUGUGAUUCUUACGCAGCAAGAAUAGGAUAGAAAAUGCAGCAAGACAGCUUGCCAGGCCAUGGCAGCAUCAACUCCAUCUCAUCAGCGACUUUCAGUCAAUCGGACGGCACACAAUUCACUUCGCUCUACUCCUCCAUUUUUCCUCCGAAACCAUCUCUGUCAACUUCUGUCUCGAUCACACCCUCCGACUGCUCCACCGACGGUGACACAACUAUCAAUAGCCCCCUCACCAUCGACCACAUCCAAAUGCAUGCCCUGGAGCUUCAGUACUCGCCUCACUCUCGCCUCAUUCUGGAGCAUCAGGACCUCGUCGACCGCCACAACCUCUGCCUCGCGCACCUUCACGAAACAGCGAAAGAGGCUGAAGCACUUCGCCGCGAGAACACCAAUCUCCGGCUUGCCAACAGAGAUCUUAACAAGCGUCUAAGCCUCUUGAUCCAAACAUCUCUUCAGAAACGUUUUGUUCCUUCGGAUUACUCGUCUAUGUCGGUGGUGAACGGGUUUCGGAGGCUGUGUAUUGGUGAUAGCCCGAGUAGCAGCAGUCGCGCGUGGGAAGAGGCGAAUGAUGAGAGCCCAACGAGCGUGAUUGAGAGUGAUCGCAUUGAGAGGAUGGACGUGGAGAGGGUUGCGCUGCCGAAGAGUAUCUCUGUGAGGUCGAGUGGGUACUUGAAGGCGGCUCAAGCUGGAGGGAGCAAUGUUGGUGCCAAUCGGAGCCCUACUCCAGCGCGAAGCGGAAGUCCUGCGGCCGAAACGCAAAAGGUGUACGUCAGGGGAGGGACGAGGGAGGAGGAAGCACUGGAGCUGGAAGUGUAUAGCCAAGGCAUGUUCAAGACGGAGCUGUGCAACAAAUGGCAGGAGACCGGCGCGUGCCCCUACGGUGACCACUGCCAGUUUGCCCACGGAAUCAAGGAGCUGCGCCCCGUGAUCCGUCACCCGCGCUACAAGACGGAGGUAUGCCGCAUGGUCCUCGCCGGCGACGCCUGUCCCUACGGUCAUCGCUGCCACUUUCGCCACGCCCUCACUGAGCAGGAGAAGUUCAUGGCUGCCCCGCUUAAACAUCGAGCAUCCAAUUAAGCUUGUGGUAGCUGGAGGUGCGGCGGCUGAAGCAAACACACGAGCAGAUCAUGAUCGAUAUAUUGGGAAGGUGGUCUGGAGUGAUAGGUUACGUUGUGAUUGUUGGUAGGUACAGAUGGAUGUUUAUAAUACUUAUAUAAGUAUGGUAAUAAUACUCUUUUAAGCAAGGUAGUCAUAAGUAUAGCUCAUGAGGAUUUUUACGUCCAAGUACGGGGAUGAGAACGAAUAAAAAUUUUACGCCAUCGGUCAAUCAUCAUCACUCACAAAGCAUAACAGUAGCUAGCCUAGCCUAGCUAGGGGGGUUUGGAUAACUUUUGUGGUUGUCUGUGGCGCCUCGGCUGGUGGGGCCGGUAUUUCACAGUUUCACAGGGAGACGCGGGUGUACAACUGAUUUUGCUCGUUAUUUUGUUUGCUUUGUUAAUGGUCUAUUUUUUUGGGGAAGGGGUUGGUGAUUGAUGUGAACCCAAGCAAUCUGAUGAGCCCCGCCAACUGUAAUCAUGCUACCUGAGUCCGGCAAAUUAAGCAAUCCAUUUCUGAUUGGAGUACUUAUUGCCCUUUCCUUUUUAAAAAAAAUAAAUUUUGGUUGACAUGCA